AUCUUCGCCAUAAUAAAAAAUGUUAUAAUCGACGGGUUUUAUCAUCCAUUUAGGUCAACAUGGGGGGAGCCACCAUACCCUGCAUCUUCUGUGAUAUUGUCCGCAAUUCCACCUCUGCAACUCUUCUCCACUCUAGUACUAUCUUCAAUUUCCUCGGCAAUCAAAGCGGCGUUUUCACGGACUAUUUUCUCUCUGAUCAACUUUGCUUGGGCCCUUGCAGGAUGAGAAGGUCGUCGCAUUUCAAGACAUUAAACCAGCUGCUUUGAGGCAUUACUUGGUGAUUCCUAAGGAGCACAUUCCUACUGUGAAAAAUCUACAGAGAAAAGAUGAAGAUCACUCUCUGGUGAGUCACAUGCUAAAUGUGGGUCAAGCACUUUUACACGGAGAUGCACCUCAGUCCACUCAGUACAGAUUGCCUUGCUUUUGUGGUCAUCCUGAAGUCUAAGACCGCCCCAUGGCUUUCGGUAUGUUAGACUUUGAAAACUUGGUUAUCUGACUUAUUGACCCUCUUUUAAGAUAUUUUAAUACAUCCCAUCUUCUUUUGUCUUCAAACAUUGAUCGCCAAGGGUCGGAAAUUAAUCCCACCCUGUAGCUUAGGUCCACGAAGCAAAACGGGACAAGACCUUGUGUAUUAAGGACGUGUGUAUUAGGUAAAAACACACUCACUAGACCGAAUUGAGUAGUAUCAAAGCUACAUUAAAUAUUAUAAUCUCCUAUAUAAUUAGAGUUUAAGUAGGGUCGUUUCGUUGACCCAAAACCAAACGAAAUGGAGAGAAGCAUCGAGCUUUUAUUGCUAGGAUAAGCAUGAGGGGAAAAGGGAGAUGGGUUGUUGGUGAAGAGAAAUAUCUUUUGUGUGUAUUUGUUGGCAAUAUUUGGUGAAGUUUCCUACGUAAUAGCUGUCUCUUACCACACAUGAAAAGGACUUGAGUAGAAGACGAACCUAGACAGCGUAGGGUUUUCUUCCGUCCAACCAUCAAACAUUUAGAACCCUUGCUACUUUGAGAAGCAAGACUACUUCCUGAUUAUCACUUGAACAACUCUUUACUUAAUAGCAUGGUUCAUCUUUACUUUGUUUUUAGUACAGUCACUGAGUUAAUUUUUACUGCUAUUAGCCCAUCCUUUUCAAUUAGGCUUAGGCUUAGGCUUUAUGAGAUGCGUAAUCUUGGCAUUAAGAGCCUACAAGGGAAGAAUUUUUUGCUUUUUUAGUGAAAAUUUUGCUUAAAUGUCUUUAUUUUUAAAAAAACAAAAAUAAAUUUUUGUCUCUGUAAACAAAAAUACAAAGAUAUUCUUCUCUGUAUACAGUAUUAUGUAUGGUAUGCUUUGUAAAUAUAAGUCUUCAUAGACCACCGCCUAGCUAUUAAUUAAAAAGCCUAAAGUAGAUGAUGUUUCGGCAACUGACUAUAUUGUUUAACAUUAGUCUAUUAGAAGAGUGCACAAAGUAAUCAUUGGACAUGUAAUACAUUAAUUUUUUGGGUAAAUAAAUAAAUAUAUAUAAUAGUAUGCAUCGUUAAAUUAAAUUAAAUAAAGAUGCACAUAUCUCAACACUUUAAUCCAAAACUGAUGCAUGUUUUGUUGGGUAGUGUGAUGGUUGGUAGGGAAGGGCCCUCUGGUUCUCCUUGGUUAGGCAGUGUGGGCUCGUGGGGAAUCUGUGAUGAAUGAAUAAAUAAAAUAAAAGACGACAUAUUGCAGUGGCAUUCUUAAAGGGCCCACAAAAGAACGUUCUACGGCGGCCCAUUAUGCCACUCGAUGUAAAUUCCAGAAUCAACCACUUUGAUAACUACAUUAAUCUUGAAAUUGAAUGAUGUGGGGAGAAUUGAUUGUGGAUUGCCUUUCUAUUUUAACAAAUAACAUUGUUUGGAUGGACAUUGAUGGGUUUCGCCUUAAGACACGUUUAUUUGUAAUGGCAUCCGACAACGUUGGUUCUAUUUUAUUUUCGAAAGCUCAUGGUUGAAAUUGAAAGAAUAUGAUUUUUGACAACCAUUUAAUCUUUAGAUUGAACCAAAUUUACAUGAAUUCAUUUUUGUGUAAAAAAAAAAAAAAAUUCUACACUUUUGUUUGGAACUUGAGAAAAAAAAAAUUUUGAGAAGUUUGUGUGCCCAUUUCGGAAGAUACAAAGAACUGAAGAAGAGGAGCGGACAUAUCAUAGCAUGAUGAAGUGAAGGGAGACAGGGACAACAGUAGGUGGAUAGAGGAAGAGAAGCAAAGCAAGGUACACUAACUUCUGCUGUCCUUUCUAGUGUAGGGUAUCUCCUCAGGGAAAUCUACUUGGGUCCCAUUACAUUUUAUUCCAAACUUUCAACUUAGGACAAUCACCAGUUCUCUCUCCUUCAUUUUUUUUUAUUGCUUUACAAUGAAAACAUGUUUCGAUUUUUGAACCAAUCAGCACCAGGCAAACAUAUUUCUAGUAUUCCGCUGAAUAAUUAUUUUGUUUCCUGCAUAAUAUUUGAAUUGAGCAUAUUAUAAAGUAAAUGUUUAUGCACAGUUUAAACUGUAGUUGUUGUAGAAAGUAAUUAUGCUCAUUGAAUUGAGCAUUGAAGCAUUUUGCAGAAGCAAGAAUCUUUAUUGCCUUCUCAAGAAUAGUCUUCCUAUUUCACCAUCUUUAACUUCAAGGAGUCAACUCCCCUUUUAAAUCUCCUAAUCCACCCACUCUUAAUUACAUCAUAAUGUCAUUAUAAUAACAUAUCUCCUAUUUGCCUAACCUUUAUUGUUUAUAUAUACAUAUUAUAUGUACACACACAAAGCCAAUCACCUCUAACCCACCACAGCCAGACCCUCUCCCCCUCUCUCUCUCUGUAUAAACUCAGACACUCUGUUCUAUUGCAUGCACAGUUCUCUGUUCAUGAAUUCUAAGCUCAUGGCUACUUCUCUCUUCUUCCUUUACUUAUUACUCUUACAUACUCACUUCCAUCUCUCCACCUCGUCAACCAUACUCCUCCCUCUUACCCAUUCCCUCUCCACCGCCCAAUUCAACGCCACCCACCACCUCCUCAAGUCCACCUCUGCUCGUUCCACCAACCGCUUCCGCCGCUACCACCACACCCAACUCUCCCUCCCUCUUUCCUCCGGCAGCGACUACACUCUAUCCUUCACCCUCGGCUCAUCCACUAUCUCCCUCUACCUUGACACCGGCAGCGAUCUUGUCUGGUUCCCCUGCCAACCUUUUACUUGCAUUCUCUGCGAGUCCAAACCACGUUCACCAACUCCACCCGCAAAACUCUCCUCCUUGGCCUCCCCUGUGCCCUGCAGCUCCCCUGCAUGCGCCGCCGCCCACUCCUCCAUCCCUUCUUCUUCCGACCUCUGUGCCAUCGCCCGCUGCCCUCUCGAAUCCAUUGAAAUGUCCGAGUGCGGCUCUUUCUCCUGUCCGAGUUUCUACUACGCCUAUGCGGACGGCAGCUUGGUUGCCCGCCUCUACCGGGACUCAUUGAGCUUACCCGUCUCUUCCCAUUCUCUCACCAUCCGUAAUUUCACUUUCGGGUGCGCACACACCACUCUUGGCGAGCCGAUUGGGGUAGCUGGGUUCGGCCGCGGCGUCCUCUCCCUUCCUGCGCAGCUCGCGUCUUUCUCCCCACAAUUAGGUAAUUCAUUCUCCUACUGCUUGGUCUCCCAUUCGUUCGAUACGGAAAAAGUGACUCACCCGAGUCCACUCAUUCUGGGUCGGUACGUCGACGAGAAGGAGAAGUGGAUUGGGGGUGAAAGAGUUAAGUUUAUCUAUACCCAGAUGCUGGAUAACCCCAAACACCCCUAUUUCUACUCUGUUGGGCUCGAGGGAAUCUCCGUCGGAGAAAAAAAAAUUUCCGCGCCGGAAAUUCUUAAACGGGUCGAUAGGCAUGGAGGCGGCGGGAUGGUGGUCGAUUCGGGGACCACGUUCACCAUGCUGCCGGCGAGUCUAUACGAAUCGGUGGUGGCUGAGUUCGACCGGCGAGUGGGAAGACUCCAUGAGAGGGCCCGUCCAAUAGAGGAAAAAACCGGACUGGGUCCGUGCUAUUACUAUAACAAGGCUGUAAGGGUGCCAAGUGUUGUAUUGCAUUUUGUUGGGAAUGCAUCCAGUGUGGUCCUGCCCAGCAGGAAUUAUUUCUACGAGUUCGCGGAUGGGAAGAGGAAGGUUGGGUGCUUGAUGUUGAUGAACGGUGGGGAUGAGGAGGAGCUUCGUGGCGGGCCCGUGGCUACACUUGGGAAUUACCAGCAGCAGGGAUUUGAGGUGGUUUACGAGUUGAGGAAGAGGCGGGUUGGGUUUGCAAAGAGGAAGUGCGCAUCUUUGUGGGAAAGCCUUAACCAAGGCUAACGUGCACUGGGGGUUGACUUUGCGGUCGAAGUCAAACCGUGCCGUGUUUGUAGGUAUUUUUAUUUAUUUGUUUGUUUAUUUAUUUAUUUGAAGGAUGUGAAAAUAAAGGAGACCGUUAAUUAAA